UUCCAUUGUCCGCAUCGAAUAUUUUUACAUUUCAACUUGCAGUUUUCGAGUUCCGUUUACUUCACAAAACAGCCUAUUUAACGUCUAAAGUUUACAUUCCACAAUGAAGAAAAAGACUAGGACUGCACCGCCUCCAGCAAAGCCGGGUCCAGGCCGUCAACAUCUGAUGAAUCUCUACGGAGAGAUGCCAGAGAACAAUUUCAAAGUUGGGCAUAUUUUGACACUGUACUUCCAACAUGGGAAAUCUGAGACAAAGACUGUCACAGCCAUUAAACGCUUUGCACCUGAUCAUAUCUCACUGAACAUUAGUGCUGUAAAAACUGUUGUCAAUCGUUAUGGCAGGUACAAACAUUUAAGUCGGGAGUCUGAGUUUGAAUCGUUUGCGCUAUUUUGUGCUGAGCCUUUUACGUUAGAUUCAUCACCACCUCCAGUUCAAUCACAUGAAGCCAUGGAUACAUGUACGUCACCUGUUCCAGGCCCCUCGCAGCAGCAGCCGCCCCACACACCAGUGAAGAACACAGAUUCACCCCGGACCCCAAGGCACAUGCUCACCCCAAGAAAACUUGAGAUGAGGAAGCGGCUUACGUGUUUGUCCAAUAUGAGAAAUACUGAAAAAAAGAAAUACUUGACUUGUUUGAGGAGCUUGAAAGAGAAGCUGAAAUAUAGUGACUAUCAUGACAAGAAAAAGAUAAAUCAGUGUAAACAACGGAGAAAGAACUCUAUGCUGGAAAAAGAUAAAACGAUUGCUCAGCUCAAGGAAGAACUCCUGAGAUUGAAAAAAGGGCCUGAUAUGAGUGUGGAGGCAGAGCUUAGACAUCUUCAAAGGACUCAUAAACGUUUGUUGAAUUCGAAUAAGGAAAAGCUGAAGGAAAAAAAAUCUGAAACAGUUUCAAAAGAGGAGUUCAUGAGGGUAAAGAAGGAACUAUCUGAACAAAAGGAGUUGACAAGGGGAUAUGAAAAUGAAGUUAUUCAAUGGCAAGAAAGGGUUGAGGAAUUAAAGAAUGAAAAAAGCCAGGAGAAAGAAACUAAAAAGGAUGGAAAAACAUACAGUGUCAAGACACGCAUGAUGGUCUAUGAUACAAUUGUGGGUCAAGUGCCAACAAAUAAUGUUCCAGGCAUCAUAGCAGGGCAGGCGAAACGAAAUGGAGACGUCCUCACAUCUGUGCCUCAUAGGACCACAGUGGAGCAGAUGGCCAGGGAACUUGACACUAUUGCAGAUUUGAAAAGUGCAGAAUUAGCCAUGAAAUCAAAAAACCUUACUUUGGGCUUUGAUGCUACCACCCAAGAAGGAGUUCACGUGAACAGCAUUCACCUGACUACAAAAAGUGACUGUGACCUUGUUGCCGUAGAUGAGCUUCCUGGAGGGACAGCUAAUGAUUACCAUGGUCACAUCACCAACACGAUUGAUUAUCUUGCAGACGUUUAUUCUGACUUUCAUGAGGAAGAGUACCAGUAUUGUAGAGAAACGAUAAUAAGUAAUAUAGCCAAUACCAUGAAUGACAGGGCUGCUGUGAAUCAGGCAACCAUUCGACAGGUUAAUGCCUCAUGGGGAAAAACUCUCAAUGAACUCAAUUGCCAUUUACAUCCGCUAGAUACAAUAGCAACUAAAUGUAGGUCUGCCUUAAAAUCCGUUGAGAGUGAGAAAGGAGAGUUAUUUGGGAAUGACUGUGUAAUUGGAAACUUAGUUGUACAAAUGAACAAACUGAGAUAUAAAGAUUCAAAAGGAGAUCCUAAGGGGUUCAAGACAUUCCUAGACGACAACAACUUACCAAGGGGUCUUCUGCCUAGGUACAGAGGAAACAGACUUCAUAUCCUCUUCCAUAUCAGUGGGAAAUUCUUUGAACAUUAUGAUUUACUACUCAAUUUCCUAGGAAGUGGUUCGGUUUCUUGUGGUGGUUUAGUACCCAGUUUACUAAAAGAUUUUGGUUUAGAAACUGCCAUCACAGAAAUGCAGGUUGUUGGUAUCCUUGGAAAGCUUCUGACAGGGCCAUGGAUGACCAAGUUCUAUGCUUCAGCUGAGUCAGAAGUUUCACAUAUGGAAGGUAUCAACAUAGUAAAAGAUGUGCUUUGUACCCUUCGGCAAACGCUGGAUGACCCAGUUAGUAUUAUUACAAGAAAUGUAGAUUUUUUCGGUGGUGCAUUCAAACCAGACGACAAAACACUUCAUAGUUUAUUGAGGGAACCAGUAAACAAGGACAUGUUCAGAAUCAUGGCAACAGCCUGCUUGAAAGCCAUCAUAGAAGUAUUAGAACGACAAUACAAACGUUAUUUUGGGAUGGAUAUCACUGAGCAGUUGAGAAGAGAAACUGAGUCCGCACGAUUGCACAACAUUGACUCUGAAGAAAUUAUGGGUAUGUUUAGUGCGGGAAAAGAAAGGGCAAAAAAUGCAAAUGUAGACUUUUUGGUGGCAAGGAUGCGUGCAAAGAAAAACAAUGUUGUGGGGUGGUUAGAUAGUGUGUAUGAGGGGAAAAGGUCGCGCAUUGUGACAUGGGCAAUUGGCAAGGCGCGGAAGAAAAGAUCAAUGAACAGGAAAAAAAUUUGUGAUGUUAACAAGGAAUUGUCAAGGAGAGCGGCACACAAUAGACAGAAAAAGAAUAUUAAAGAGAGGAAAGACAUUGAAAAAAAACUUAAAAAUCUAGAUGUUAGUGCUCUUAAAACAGUAUUCCCUGAAGUGUCAGAUGAGACCCAUGUUGACUUAGUUGGUCUUUUUGAAGGAAGUAUAGUUGGCCGCAGCAUCUGCCACACUUGGUAUGACGAAGACACCGAUCAAAAGACUGAGUGGUGUGGUAGAGUAGAAAAAAUGAAAAAAAGAAAGAAAGAUGGAAAUAAACAAAACAUUCAUUGUUACAAAAUAGCUUAUUGGUCAGCAGAAGGAAGUUAUGAGGAUGCAGAGGACUUUGAAAUCCCCAAGUUGGAACUUGCUGCCGAUCUCAUUUGUGAAGACUUGAUUUUUUGUUAGGUAGAAUAGACGCUGAGUUUGAAUAAUACUAUAUAUGGAUUAUUAGUUAGUGUGUGUUAAAAUUGGUGCAUAGAUGCUUAAAUAACUUGAUCGGAUAAUGAAACUGUUGUUUUAUGAAAUCCUAGUAGGACAUUGACCAAGAAAAGUUGUGCGACGCCGAUGCCUUUCACCAAUUAUUGUAUGAUUUUUGACUUGUCAUUUUAAUUAAAAUUUAACAUGAACACAUUA